AUGGCUUCUUCCUCCUCAACGUUCUUGGUCUCCUUUCUCCUCCUCUUCUUCUUUCUGCCUUAUUCCUACACCUCCAGUAUCUUCCGAGAAUACAUCGGCGCCGAGUUCUCCGGCGUCAGAUUCUCCGACGUCCCCAUCUCCUCCGGCGUCGAGUUCCACUUCAUCCUCGCCUUCGGCAUCGACUACACCACCUCCGCCUCCCCUACUCCUACCAACGGCCGCUUCAACAUCUUCUGGGACAAUCAGAACCUGUCUCCCAACGCCAUCGCCGCCAUCAAGCGCGCCCGCCCCAACGUCAAGGUCGCCCUCAGCCUCGGCGGCGACUCCGUGGGCGACGGCUCCGCCUACUUCGCGCCCGACUCCGUCGACUCCUGGGUGAAUAACGCUGUCGACUCGCUCACCUCCCUGAUCCAGCAGUACCACAUCGACGGCAUCGACGUCGACUACGAGCACUUCCGGGCGGCGCCGGACGCCUUCGCGGAGAGCAUCGGGCAGCUGGUGACGCGGCUGAAGGGCAACGGGGCCAUUUCCUUCGCCUCCAUCGCUCCGUUCGACGACGACGAAGUGCAGAGUCACUACAAGGCGCUGUGGAGGAAGCACGGCGCGGUGAUCGACUACGUGAACUUCCAGUUCUACGCGUACGCGAGCGGAACGACAGUGGCGGAAUUCCUAGAGUACUUCGACGAGCAGAGGAACAACUACAGGGGAGGGCGGGUUCUGGCGAGCUUCAACACGGAGGAGAAUCCCGGCGGGCUGACGCCCCAAAACGGCUUCUUUACCGCCUGUAAUCAGCUGAAGAAGCAAGGGAAGCUCGGUGGCAUCUUUGUGUGGACCGCUGACGCCUCAAUGGGCAAUGGAUUUAGGUACGAGCAGCAGGCCCAGAAAUUGUUGGCCUCUGCUUAAAGCUGGUUGAUUUGCACCUUGUUACUACUGCAAGCGAUUGAUCGAUAACGACUUAGCUUCAUCAUGUAUCACACUUUCGUUUAAUUUGUGGCCCCAGUGCAGUUGGUACGAAUGUCUGCAAAAUGACUAAUGACUUGUUGGAUAUUUUA